UUAAAACAGAAUUUAUUAAUAAUGUUAUAUUCACUGUUUUUAGUAUUUCUAGCAUUUCAAAAUGCAGUACAGCAAAGUAUGAACGAGCUGGUUCAUAUUAAAGAUUCCGAAAUAACGAGUGACCACAUAAAAAUUUACUUCUACUGCAGAUACCGCGAACACACACCGAAGUUGGUGGAAUUAUCCGAUUUCGAUCAAUUAAGCAAAGCCGGUUACUCCGAGACAAAAAAUAAUUAUUUCUACAUACCCUGUUACAAAAUAGACCCUCUCGACUGGCUCAGCGACAGCCAACGCCUCAAAGAUACCGUGAUCCACGCGCACGAUGUGAACUUCUUCUUGGUCGAUUGGACGUCCCUCGCCACCGUGGACGUUGUGGACAAGCACACCUACCUGGUCGGGAGAAUCAAGGACAUCGGUAAACUAGUAGGCAAGAUGAUCAAGGAUUUCAUCACCGACAACGCCUUAAGCUUCGACAACACCCAAAUCGUCGGGUACUCCGUGGGCGCCCACAUAGCCGGCAUAGCGGGCCGCGAAUGCGACGGGAAGCUGUCCCAGAUUCUGGGCCUCGAUCCGGCCAGCAGGGAAUUCUCCCUGGAGAACGAGUCCAAUCGCCUGGCGCCGGAUUCGGCCUUGAACGUGCAGGUCAUCCACACCGGCGGCGAUGAUCGCGGUUUCCCGGAGCCCAUCGGCUGGAGCGAUUGGUAUCCCAACGGCGGUAUGUCGCAGCCCAUGUGCGACAGUAGCUUCGAAAAAGACCCGUCGAAGUGUUCCCAUUCGAUGGCCAUCGAAUUCUACUUGGAGUCGAUUUGUACGACCAAUUUCGUCGCUUGGCCGUGCCCGGGGUACCAUGAGUUCAAACGAAACCGCUGCUCGAACGUUGGAAAGCCCGCUUGGAUGGGGGGAUUCCUCUUGGACCCGCAUGCGAAGGGGACUUACUACUUCGAUACGAAGCUGCAAUCUCCUUUUGCGAAAGGUUAAGCUUGGGUAUAUCGUUUGUUAUAUCAGUCGAUGAAUAAAAUAUUUCAAAUCCG